AGUAAACAAAACGUUCGAAAGGGGUGGCAGGGAUGCUGAAUCUUGUUUGGAAUGUUUUAGGAGGGAGUAGAACUUUUUGGUGUUUGGCUUUGAUGAGGGAGAGGCAUCAGACUGGUUUACGUUAAGAAUAUCCUCAAGGGUGACGAGGGGUUGGGAAAAUAAAGCCAUCCCAGUGUCAACAUACAGACUGACCAAUCGAGGAAGCACCUGCUGGAUUAAUUGGAUUAAAUAUGGCAAUUACAUGUGUAUCUAAUGUUAAGUGUAUACACAUGGAUUAACACCCAUAACAGUGAUGGAUUUAUAAGUGUAACAUUACUAUAACUGGUGACAACUGCAAGAUUGCAAAUAUGCAAAGCUUUUAUAAUAUUAUUAUAGAUCCAAAUGAUAUUGAAAAAGACAUUCUAUAGUUCGGAAUGGCAUAAGUGUGGAAUUAGAGUUUAAAUGUGAGUGCAUAUAUAGUAAAUAGAAUAGAAAGAAAGGUGAAUAAAGACCGAUGACAUACGAGCCUUGCCAUUGAUUAUGACUUAUGCACCCUUCGUGGUUGACCAAGGAUCGGUGGAAACUUAUUGUUAACUUUUGGCAAGUGAUCACCAACACAAUAAAUGGGACCUAUCAUAUUGGAUAAGAUUUAAUAUCAGAGCUCGGCAGAAGGAUUAAAUCAAAUUAAGAGCUAUUGGUUUUCAAUACAAGUUAUGUAGUGGUCGCACCAAUUUCCCUAUCUGCCUUCAUCUACUUAGUGUUCAAAAAUGAACUUGUGCAUUAUCUAACACCUUAGACAAUAUUUUGAUUUAAAAGCAGAAACCCAUUAACUUAUAUAAAUACACUUUGGAGUGAGCUGGUCUUUUGAUAGAUCUUAUUACAUAUGCCUUUUAUUAUGAGAAAUUUAAAUAGCCCAAUUACAUAGUACAGUGAUAUUCAGUCCAUGACCAUUGACAGAGUAUGUAUAUUCUCCUGUUAUAUCAAGGUAUUCUUAAAUUGCAUAAUUAGUGUUAUACAGAUGAGCUAAUACUUUCCCAUGAUUGCAGUUGUCAUUAUCUAUUUGAAUGCUAAAACAAGAAUGAAAAUGAAAACAUAAACAAUGGCUGACUCUGAUAAUGAAGAUGAGAAGUUUGUUAAGAAUGUCAUACAUGAGCUGUCAGCCUUUGAGAAGGCAGAACCCAUCAAGAAGGAAGGACCAAACACUCCGGAGGAGGAUCAUCAAGAGUCCCAGGUUGGGGCCCAGCAGGGUGACAAUCUGUCUCUUAGCCAGGAGAUGGCCGAUUGUAUGAGCACUGGGCCAGAUGGGACUCAGACUGAGAAAGAUAGUCCAGAGAGAGGCAGGCAGGCCAGCAGGAUCAUUCGUCUGUCCCGGCCUGUGAACCCUUACACUCAAGCCACAAACAAAACAUCCACUGUUGACAAUAGCCCUCAGCCAACCAGCACUGCUCCUGGCACAGCUACAAGCAUGGCCAGUACAUCUGCCCCAGGGAGUCGACUGGCUGCUCUCCAGAGACCUGGUAGCCCUAUGCAUCGCAUCCUGGCUAGGGCCCAGAGCCCAGCUUUGGCAGCCGCAGCUGCUCGUAUGAACAGACAAGCUACUGAAGGAGCUCAGCAGACUGGCAACUCUGCUCAAAGUGAUAACACCAACAGUGCCAGUAGUGAGCAACAGAAUGGUAACCACAAAGAUAAGGAUAGUGAAAAUGGCUCAAAAGAAGCACACAAAACAAUCAUGCCACCACGUAUUCAAAGUUCUAGGUUGUCAAGUUCUAUAUUGUUACGCAGGCCACAAAGUCCAUUAAACACUAAUAGACAAACUCCACUGUCAAUCACUAAGCCAUCAAUAAUGAGUCAAAGCUUCGACAGUCUUGGGCCAAGGAGUCCAGCCUCGGAGGAUCAGUCAUGCCCAAAUGAAUCAGCUGGGAGCCAAGAUGAAAGCAGUGCUGCUGACAGGGUAAAACUCAGACAUCAGCUGCGAAAUAACAGCUUUAGAUUGAAAGAACUUUUAACUAAGCCUUUCGUCCGAUCCAAGGAUAGAAGUGUAGAAAACAGUGAUAACUCAAAUUUAAGCAAUAAUCAGACUGGUUCACAAGUGGAAAAUAUAACUGACUUGCCAUUGAUGCAAACUAUGGGAGACAGUCCAGACCGGACGCGGUGGAGACGAGAGGGCAUCUCCUCAUUGCAGCGGUCAAAAUCCACCGUCUCAGACCGAACGGCCACACUCAUCUCAUCCAAAUACCUAAGGACCCGCACUAGGAAUGCUGCACAGUCUGUUAGUGAUGACAGCAAUAUUGGGUCGGUUUCAAAACCUGCAUUUCUUGAUAGAAUGACGAGGAGUGAAAUUGUGACAUCUGAGGGAAGUGUUCAGUCCGUACCUAGCAAUAAUCAUACAGUGAUUUCAUCUGAAUCUGAAAAAACAUGCAGAGAUGCAACUGGUCAUUCCAGUGUGUCUACAGAGAGUGCCAAAAAUGCAGAGUGUUCUAGCUCAGAAACUAUUGUGCCAUUUCCAACUACAGACAUUAUGCCCUUGAAAAUGAACAUGCCAAAUGGACCUGAUAACCCUGAUAAUACAGCUGAAGAGAGCAAGUUAAAAGCAAUAUCUGAUCUUGAAAGAGAAAGUGAUGUGAAUUUAGUGUUUGACUCAAAGAAAAUAGGUCAGCCAGAAUCCCCUGAAGACAGUGAAGAGACUAGUGGCAAUUCAAAAACAACUCCAGACCGCCGUGGUGCUUAUGGCAGGUCUCAGUCAGAAUACAAACAACCACCUGAACAGGAAUCUGACCCUGCCAAACACAAGAUCAACUCUGAGCCGGCGAGCCCGCAUAAAGAAACCCAAUCUAUACGUGAGAGUAAGUCUUAUGAGACAACCCCAGAUUUAGACUUUGCGAAUUCCUCACCGGCCCUAAAGCGAAGUCUGGCAGUAACAGACCUGGACCAAGCAAUGAAGGAUCGUGACCUCCAGAAACUAACAUCACGGUUUCGUGAUAGCACUGCUAGCGAAGGGGAGAAUUCACAGCCGGAGUUGCCGAAAUCAGAAGUCCAGUCUGUGAGGCCGUCAUUGACAUCCAGCAGCAGUGUGGAGACAGACUUGGACGCAAGAAAUAUACUGCAUACCCGUGUGAGGGACAGCCCCCGUCUGCUGCCGCGCCACUCGGGCUCCGGAGAGCCCCUGUCCCCACCUCUCCAGCCUCCACAUAGUGCCCCGCCCAUACAUCCCGUGGCACCACUCGUGUAUAAGCCUCAGGUGAACCUCGAGGAUGCGGUCAAAUGGCCAGCUGAGGUGCCAGGCAAACUGAACCUCCAGAAAAUGGAUGUUUUUGAAGGUCAGAUGUUGCUGAACUGGCUAUGUGGGUCCAUUGACAAGUCCCAUUACCUACGUCUGGUGAUGACAAAACACGACAUCAGUGUGGUAGCUUCCCAGGUCUGCACGUGCCUCAUUGCAGCUGGCGUACUUAAACAGAUUGAAGGCAAGGACCAGGAAAGUGUGUUCAAGAGUGAUUGCCUCUACUACUGGAGCCACACACAGGGAUCCAGUGCUCCAACAGUGAGGGAGGAUGUGGGCAAGAUGACGCAGUCGUGGCCCCCACCCCAGGACAGCACAGAAGACAAUAGGCCUGGCCUCAAGUACACUGAAGCAGAUUUUGAGACCUGGAUAGCUUACCACCAGGCUGCCAUGGUGACACUGCGACACGAGUAUAAGGAAGAAGUCGAUAACAUGAAGGCGGACCACAAUGGAGUGCUGGACCGCGCCCGUCAGGAGUAUGAGAGUCGCCUACAGCAGGCCAUGGAGCGUAUUGUCGUUCUGCAGCGUGAUGUCGACAAAUACAGGCAACUGGCCGGCAUCGAGAAACUCACACAGAAUGCACUCUCUGAAGCAGACCGUGCCCAGCAGGAGGCGGGGCUACACUUGGAUGGGGUGCAGACCAAUGGGUUCCCUUCCACAGGCUCCCGAUACCACCCUGGAGAGGUCAAUGCGGCACUAAAACCACAGGGGGAGAUGCUUAUGGACCUUGAUGCCACAUCAGAGUCUGAAACCAGCAGUCUUGGGGGAAGCAGUGUUGGGGGCAGUAGUGUUGGAGAGGGUGGGGUCCCUUUGCCUCCACCACCUCCCCCUCCACCACUCCCAGGCAUGAUUCCCCCACCCCCACCACCCCCUAGCAAUAUGAUGCCAGUACAGAAAGCCAAAAAGCCGGUGGUCCACCCUAAGAACCCUAUGAAGCCUCUGUUCUGGAACCGACUGCAGGUGGAUGAGCUCAAGUCAACCAAGAACAAGCAGUUUCUUGAGCGGCCAUUAUUAUGGGAAGAGAUUCAGGAGUUAAACAUCGACAUCACCGAGCUUGAUACCCUCUUCUCCAAGACAAACAUCGAGCCAUCUCGACGCCUCUUCUCCAACAAGCCAAAGAGCAAAGCAAAACAAGUUGCCAAGGUAAUCAGCCCCAAACGAUCUCAGGCGGUUGGCAUCCUUCUCUCUAGUCUGCGCAUGGACAUGUCCGAAAUUGAACAUGCCAUACUUACAUUUGAUACUUCUGUGCUUGGUGAAGAAAAACUACAGCAAAUAUAUGAAAAUCGAGGGGACUCAGAGGAGUUAAAGAAGCUGCGAGAAUAUGUAAAGAAACACCCUGACACGCCUCUCGACAAACCUGACCAGUUUGUGUAUGACUUGUCACUGAUUCCGGACUAUGCGGAGAGAAUCUUCUGCUUCAUCUUCCGCGAGGCGUUCCAUGACAGCAUCUCUGUGAUUGAGACCAAGAUGACAAACCUCCGUAUGACUUGCCAGACAAUGAUGACCAGUAUCAAUGUGAAGAGAAUUCUGGGACUGGUGCUUACCCUAGGAAACUACAUGAAUGGAGGGAGCAAAUCUCGAGGCCAGGCCGAUGGCUUUGGUAUAGACAUUCUGCCCAAACUGAAGGAUGUUAAAAGCAAGGACAACUCCACAAGCCUGCUUCACUUCACCGUCCAGCAGUUCAUCCGCAAGUUUGAGAAGGGAGACGCAGGCACAGACAAGGUUCGGUUCCCACUGCCAGACCCCAGCGACCUCCAGCAGGGCGCCUCAGUCUGCUUCACAGAGCUUGAGAAGGAACUAGUCAGGAUCAAGAAAGACUUUGAAGCUGCUGAAGACAGGAUGGACACGGUCGUGAGGUCUGCCCAGGAACAGACGUAUCUCCUCCAGCCAUUCAAGGACAUCAUGACAGACUUCUUCCACAAAGGAAAAAAGGAGUUAGCUGAACAAGAAGAGAACCUGGCUGAUGGAAAAAGAUUGUUUGAGGAGACAGUGUUGUUUUUCUGUGUAAAGCCAGAGGGAGGGAAGAAGGAAGUGACUCCGGAAAACUUCUUCGAGAAGUGGUACACUUUCUGCCAGGACUUCAAGGACACAUGGAAGAAGGAGCAGCAGCGUCUUGUCAAGAUAAGGAUUCGGGAGAAUGAGGUCAGGGUAAAGCAGUUGCAGCAGAGGCUUACCAAGCAGCCCGUGCGCACACGCACUCGGACACGCGGGGGUCUCAAAGACCGGUUGGCAAAGCAGGGUCUACUGGAGUCAUGACACCUCACUUUUUUGCGAGCACCAAGCUUUUUUACUGUGAUAGACUAUGUGACAUGUGCUACUCAAAACAAUGCUGAAGCAGGCAAAUGUGUGUUGUACAUAGUGCAUCAUUUACUACUGCCUGGGAAUUGUUAUAUAUAAGUACAUCAUCAGAAAGUGUGAUGUUUCCCUUCUGUUGGAAAGAUGCACUGAUGCUUGAUCCAAGGGUGAUAUUGUGGUAUGCUUACAAAGAAUACAGACAGAAAGCCUUGAGCACGGACUUCAGAUCCAGAAUGGGACUUCAGAUCCAGAAUAGGACUUCAGACAUCAAGCUUUGUCCAGAAUGGGACUUCAGACAUCAAGCUUUGUCUAGAAUGGGACUUCAGACAUCAAGCUUUGUCCAGAAUGGGACGUGUCAUAGGAAAAGGAUCCGAUCAGGAAAAAUCAAAGUGCCAUCUCUUGUCUUAUGUGACUUCAGUGUUUAUUUAACUCUUGCUCAGAGCCAAUGUAUUGCUUAUGAAAUGAUAAGGCAAAUACUGUUCAAAACACUACUGUUUAACUGUCAGAUGAAACUGAAAUAGAAGGUUCUCAGAAUAAAAUAAUUAACAUAUUGUUUGAAGCAUGAACUAAAUUGGUUUUGGAGUUUUUUCAGUAGUGAAAUUUUAGUGAUUACCGGUAGCUAAUUUAUAGAACUAAUUGAAUUUUUAAGCUCAUCAAGGAAUCAAUCCACAUUCUUUCUUUUCUUGAAACUGGCAUUGCAUAAUUACCUACUAGGUAGGUCAUUUACUAUCAAACUUUAGCCAAUUCAAAUUAUUUAUAACUAUUUUUUUCCUUAGAGAAAUAUAGCAUUUCCAGUUUCAUGAAGUGAAGGUAUUUUACUUAUGGCAAGAUGCUUUGUAAUUGCAAGAUGCUUUGUAAAUAUGGCCAUGGUAAAGAGUUACAGGGACGUUCUGGGUCCUUGUCACUUUAAAUUAUUAAUUAUUAUGCAAUGCAGUCCUUGAUAUUAUGUGAAAUAGUUAGCUAGAUUUUUACUGACAUUAUAGAUCCUAGAUCUUAGUAUGAAUCUCCCUUGUUUACUAGUUCACCUGAGAACUGAGCUAUUGUGAGCUACCGUAUUAUAUCAUGCAUAGGACGCACUUUUUUACCCCCAAUCCUCGUCUUAAAAAUUGCCUGCGUCCUUUCUAUGCUAUUAGAAUUUCAUCUGUUUUUUUCCAAGUCCAUUUCAGGUCGAAAAUAUCGGACCGGGGAAGAACGCGGUAAUAGUAAGUAUCUGUACUGCGUUACCGAAGAGAACAACUGACAUAGGUAAAAUCACGCAAGUUAACACACGCAGAAAUAUAUUGAAUGUUUACUUUAAAAUGAUUUAUUGAGAAAUAAAUUGAAAACAAACAUGAGUGUUUGCUUUUUUAUAAAAGGGACGCUACUCACAAAAACUCGAUGUGAGUCAGCACUUUAACUGGAUUGAGUUAUAACGGCAACGGAAAAUCGGGA